AUGUCCAUAACAGCUCCCACAAAGCAGGGUGGUGAGAAGGAGGGCCAUUCUGCCAUCAACGAGGCAGUGACCAGAAAACACACCAUCAACUUUCACAAGGGCAUCCAUGCGGUGGGUUUCAGGAAGAGUGCCCCUCAGGCCCUCAAAAAGAUCCAGAAAUUUGCCAUGAAGGAGAUGGGAACUCCAGAACUCCCAGAUGUGUGCACGGACAUCAGGCUCAACGAAGCUGUCUGGGCCAAAGGCGCAAGGAAAGGCCCAUGCCGAAACCUUGCAGGAUGGUCCAGAAAGUGUAAUAAACAUGAAGGGUCACCAAACAAGCUAUGCACAUUCUUUACCUACGUACCUAUCACCACUUUCCAAAAUGUACAGUUAAUGUGGGGACAAGGAUGGAGGAAGAAGGGUGUGGGAGAACUAGGUUCUGCCGGCAGUGGCAGCGACACUGUCGGCCUGGAUGAGGACGCACUCACUGGCAUCUCCCAGCAGGCGAGGAGGUAA